GGGAGCGCCCGGCCCAGGAACCGGAAGUGGUCAUCGCCGGGGCCGCUGGCUGUGGUGAGUCCUGGGCCCGAGUGCUGGUUCCUGGCGCGGGCGGCCCGUCGGCGUAGAGAGGGGGCCCCGCUGCGGCUUCCUAGCCGUCCGGCCCGGGCUCACGUUUGCAUCUGCCGGCCGGCUCCCACUGCCUUCGACGGGGCUCCGGAUUGGCCUGGGCCCUUCCCGCCGGCUCGUGCAGGAAGGGGUCACAUCUUCCCCUUGGCCCCUUCCCUGAGGGCUCUGGGUGGGAGCAGUUGAGGGCAGCUCCUGCCUCCCUUCCACACGUGUCCGGGGCCUGUUCGUGAUGGGUGAAGAGUAGCCUGGGGAUGUGAACAUAAUGAGUGUCAACCAGCAAGCUCACGCAGGGCCUCCUUAUGGGCAAUCACAGCCUGGAUAUGCAAAUUACAUGCAGCCUGACUAUGGAGGACAGCAAAUGCAAAGUGUUCCUGCCUCUCAGUACGGUGCUCACAAUGGCCCAGGGACAGGAUACCAACAAGCAGGCCUUCCCCAAGGUUACUAUCCUUCCUUGGGGUUUCCUUCUAAGAAUCCUCCUGUCUCUCUUGAUUCUGAAGCUUCCUUUGCUCCUAACUUCCUAGGUCCUGUAAGAGCUCCUCCCACCUCAUCUGGAGCAUCUGCAUCAACAUCUGGAACAUUAAUCCCUUCUGAACAACCUGCCUAUAGUCAGUUUGGACAAGGAGAUGUACGAAAUGGGAUAUCUGUUUCUACAGUUCCCGUGCAAAGAUCAUCUGCUUCUCAACAGUUCAUGGCGGGCCCAGCACCUCCUUCUAUGGCUCACACUCCUGCUUUCCAGCAAUAUGGACUGCCUCCAACUAGCACCCAACAGCUGACUAGUCAGGUGGCAGAAAUGCAGAUAGGCAGAGGAUCCUCCUCUGUCCCAUCCCCAGCUGGACUGGGCUAUGGUCCUCCAACAUCGGUUACACCAGCCUCAGGAAGUUUUACUGCACCUGGAUCUGGGCAAUAUAUGUUAUAUUCAGGCCAAGGACCACCACCUCCCAAUAUAUCUCAUGGAUUGCCUCCUACCACCUUGUCUCAGGGUCUUCCAAUAGCUCAGCCACCUAUAUCGGGUCCAUCAGCCCUGCAUACGUCUGCUCAACCUCCCCUAUUUGCUCCCCCACCUUCAGCUGCUGGGGUUGGAAUAUCCAGUUAUCCUGCUGCUGCGGGGAUUUCAAGGCCUCCCACAAUGCAGGGUGCAUUGUUGCCUGGACAACCAGUUACUAGACUGCUCACUUCCCAGCCAAAUCAUGUGACCUCACCACCACCUCAACCACUUAUGACAGGACCACCUCCUGGGCCACCAGUAACAGGAUUGCAGGGACCACCUCCUGUCCAUCCUUCACAACAAGGAUAUGCACUGCAGCAAAAUGGUUCUUUUGGGCAAAAUAGAGGAACUCAACCAGUGUAUGGUGCAGCUUUCCCUGGAUCAGCAAAUUAUGGGAGUCAGCCUGCAGCACCACCUCCGCCCAAACGACUUGACCCGGACUCCAUUCCUAGCCCUAUUCAGGUUAUUGAAGAUGACAGAAAUAACCGUGGGUCAGAGCCAUUCAUCACAGGAGUACGUGGGCAAGUCCCACCUCUUGUCACUACAAAUUUCUUGGUGAAAGAUCAAGGUAAUGCAAGUCCCCGCUACAUAAGAUGUACUUCUUAUAAUAUUCCCUGCACUUCUGAUAUGGCUAAACAAUCUCAAGUUCCUCUUGCUGCAGUCAUAAAACCGUUGGCUGCACUUCCCUCAGAAGAGACCCCUCCUUAUUUGGUGGACCAUGGAGAAUCAGGUCCCAUUCGGUGCAAUAGGUGCAAGGCGUACAUGUGCCCUUUUAUGCAGUUCAUUGAGGGAGGAAGACGAUUCCAGUGUUGCUUCUGUAGCUGUGUUACUGAAGUGCCAUCUCAUUACUUCCAGCAUUUGGAUCACACAGGCAGGCGAGUGGACUACUAUGACAGACCUGAAUUAUCACUGGGCUCCUAUGAAUUUCUAGCUACUGUUGACUACUGCAAGAAUAAUAAGUAUCCCAACCCUCCUGCUUUUAUUUUCAUGAUUGAUGUGUCAUACAAUGCAGUACGUAGUGGCUUGGUCAGACUGAUAUGUGAAGAACUGAAGACUCUCCUGGAUUACCUCCCGAGAGAAGGAACUACAGAAGAAUCAGCCAUCCGGGUGGGUUUUGUCACCUACAAUAAAGUUCUACAUUUCUAUAAUGUCAAGAGCUCCCUUGCACAGCCGCAAAUGAUGGUUGUUUCGGAUAUAGCAGAUAUGUUUGUACCUUUGCUUGAUGGCUUUCUUGUGAAAGUGAAUGAGUCUCGCACAGUUUUUACCAGCCUGUUGGAUCAAAUCCCAGAAAUGUUUGCUGAUACAAGAGAAACAGAAACAGUCUUUGCUCCAGUGAUUCAGGCUGGCAUGGAAGCUCUAAAGGCUGCAGACUGUGCUGGCAAGCUUUUCAUAUUUCACACAUCGCUGCCUAUAGCAGAGGCUCCAGGAAAACUGAAGAACAGAGAUGACAAGAAACUGGUGAACACUGAUAAAGAAAAGACUCUGUUUCAGCCUCAAACAAAUUUCUACAACAACUUAGCCAAGGAUUGUGUAGCCCAAGGCUGCUGUGUGGACCUUUUCCUUUUCCCAAAUCAGUAUUUGGAUGUAGCUACCUUGGGGGUUGUUCCGUAUCAGACUGGUGGCUCUGUUUAUAAAUACACAUAUUUUCAGGUGGAAACAGAUCAGGAACGCUUCUUGAAUGAUUUACGUAGAGAUGUUCAAAAAGAAAUUGGAUUUGAUGCUGUGAUGAGAGUACGUACUAGCACAGGUAUUAGAGCAACAGACUUCUUUGGUGCUUUCUGUAUGAGCAAUACAACAGAUGUGGAAUUGGCAGGCUUAGACUGUGACAAAACAAUCACUGUGGAAUUUAAACAUGAUGACAAGCUAAGAGAAGAGAGUGGGGCCUUGCUUCAGUGUGCUGUAUUAUAUACCAGUUGUGCAGGACAGAGGCGUCUGCGCAUUCACAAUCUCUCCCUGAACUGCUGCACACAGCUGGCUGAUCUUUAUAGGAACUGUGAGACAGACACACUUAUCAACUUUUUGGCUAAAUUUGCGUAUCGUGGAGUACUGAACAACCCAGUCAAAACCGUGAGAGAUUCAUUGAUCAAUCAGUGUGCCCAGAUCUUAGCAUGCUAUCGAAAAAACUGUGCUAGCCCUUCUUCUGCUGGACAGCUGAUUCUUCCUGAAUGCAUGAAACUGCUCCCUGUGUAUUUGAACUGUGUUUUGAAAAGUGAUGUGCUCCAGCCUGGGUCCGAGGUCACCACUGAUGAUCGCGCCUACAUCCGCCAGCUAAUCAGCUCUAUGGAUGUUGCAGAAACUCAUGUUUUCUUUUAUCCUAGACUGUUACCACUGACCAAAAUAGAUUACAGCAGUGACUCCUUACCAAUAGCAAUCAGAAACUCAGAAGAACGUCUCUCCAAGGGUGACAUAUACCUACUAGAAAAUGGCCUGAAUAUAUUUUUGUGGGUAGGAGUAAACGUUCAACAAGGGCUGAUCCAAAACCUCUUUGGAGUCUCAUCUUUCAGCCAGAUCAACAGCUCUAUGUGCACACUACCAGUUUUGGACAAUCCCUUUUCAAAAAGAGUGCGAUCCACUAUUGAUUUAUUCCAGGCUCAAAGAUCACGCUACAUGAAGUUUAUCAUUGUGAAGCAGGAAGACAAACUGGAUCUGCUGUUCAAACACUUCUUGGUGGAAGAUAAGAGCAUGAAUGGGGGGGCUUCAUAUGUGGACUUCCUCUGUCACAUGCACAAAGAAAUUCGCCAAUUGCUGAGCUAGAGUCAGAAUUAUGCUGGAUGCCAGCACUUGACACCUGUAGGUUCACUGACUGCCUCAUAAAGCGACCCUAUCUCCUUUUGGAAGGACUAUAGAAAAACCUGUAUAAUUCCAUAAUUUUAAUAUACUUCAUAAAGUUUCAGCAUCUCCCAAAACCUUUGAGAGAGACAUGAACAGUCAAAACAUCUACUUAGGGUGAUGAAAAACAUUGAUUCUGGGUCCUAAACCUACAUCACUUACUAAGAUUGGCAGAAAUCUACAUCAUUUUUCUCCUGACACUCGAGUUCCUUUGAGUUAAUGUACGUGAUUCUGCAUCAGAAGAAAAAGCAAUUGUUCUCCAAAAUUAGAUGGUGAUGCAAAGUUUGUGUAUGUGAUAGUCUUUAUGAAAAGAAAAUGAGCCAAAUAGAGAAAGAUGGGUGGUCGGCCCUAUCCAGUUGGGAGGUGGAUGUCAGAUAGGGUGGCAACUUCUUAAAAUUUGAGGAUGCAAUAUACUGUAAUCAAAUUAUAGAAUGGUGUCUUCUUUAAAAAAAAAUCCCAAAUUUUGAGCUGGGGGAAAAAUUGACAUGCCUUUACUCUGUAAUUGUGUUGCUACACAAAUUUGCCUUGAAAUAAGUAAAUGGAAACAAGCAGGUCCUGUCUCUAGGAAAGUUAAAUCUUUCUUUGGUUGGUGUGAACUGGUAUUGCCAUUACUCCUUUGAGAAAAGAAGCAUCUUUUUGCCAGUGUCUUGUUUUGUCUCUUUUUUUCCUAUUCGCAUGCUAGGUUUUAAUUAAGUAUCUUGAAGAAGAUGACCAUGAUUUCUCCUUUAAAAGAAAUGUUUUAUAACAAGAUGUCAAAAAGUGGCAUAUAAAUAUGCUUGGAGAUGGCUAGGUUGAGUUGUAUCCAAGAAGCACUGAAGUAUCUGAGGUCUCCAUAGAGAAGAAAUGCUCAUACCGCAAAGUUCAAAUCAUGCCACUGAUGUUCAGGCUCUUAAUAGCUCCAGAUGAUUUUGGUCAUUGGUAAAAUGACAAACUGGUUCGUUAGUGUAGGAUAGUCAUAACUGAAUUUUAGUCUUCAGGCUCAGUCCUAAAUUUGGCCUAGUUGAUAGGCAAUCUUCCCAUUGAUAAACCAUUGCUCUGGCUUCAAAUAGGCCAAAGGAAUUCUGAUAGAAAAAUGGAAUGCAUUUCACAGACUCAAUAUAAAGGCUCAUUUAUUUGUAGAAGGAGAUUACUUAUUUUUUUAAAAAGGCUACAGUUAGAUUGUCUUGCAGUGUUCAGGAUGUAUUAAGGAAAUAGCAACAUGGAAUUUUGAGAAAGGGUGGGGGGACAGAAAGGAAGAGGCUUGCCUAGGCAAAUUGUGAGUUGAGACUGAAUAUUUGAAAUUGAAAGUUUUAUGUACAUGAAUGAUUAAAUAUUCAGGAGUAUAGUUUCUUAUCCCAUGAUCUAUUUUGUGUUUGUGUGUAUGUGCGUGCGUGCGUGAAAGAAAUUGUAAAUAUUUUGUUUGAUCUAUUGCAGCUUUCCCUUUCAUCAUAUAGCCAAGAAAUCUACACAAUUUGCUCUCAAGGUUUUUUUUCCAAAAGAUUCAUAAAGAUUUCAGGUGUGCUUGAGAUUGCCCUUCUCCCUCUUGCCAAAUAUAUUAUCCCAACCAAAAUUUGGAAAUCUUUGAAACAAAUAAACAACAUCCAUCCUCAAAACAAGAGUCAACUAUGAAACUUUCAGAAUUCUAAUUUCUAGAAUUUAAAUUUCAAAAAGUUAAGUGUAUUUUCACUUUUUUUCAAUUCAUCUUUUAAUUUGUAAAAAAUUAUAUAAAGAUGUAUUUUAUGUCAUUGUUAGCAAAUAAAUACUAAUUAUUUUU